CGGAGUUCCGGAGUGUGCGCGAAAGGCGCGCCGCGGCGUCCAGAACGAGGCGGCGGGGAGAGACCAUUGGAGGCGGAAGGGGGGCAAAACAGCGCGCGCGCGGGAAGGCCCACUCUAGGAUUGGGGGGGAGGCGGAGAGGAGUGAGUGGAGGGCUUCAGAGAGAGGAAGGAUAGCGUGGGAUAUACCAUUACUAAAUUGGGGGGGGGAAGGGGGGUAUCCCGGAAGGUACCAUUCGCGGAGGGGGGAGAUAAAGGAAGGCUAGCCCCAGUACUGUGUUACUGAGGGAGGGGGGCAGUCUGCUUUAGGCCAGUGGUGGCGGCGGGGUUUGGCUCAGAAGACUUUUACAUAGCGGGGGCGAGGCCAUUGUUGGAAACCGAGGGGGAGAGAGAUUAGCCGGAGGGAGGGAGGGAGGGAGGGAGGGGCUAACCUGGGUGACAGGGGAGGGGUCCUCUGGCUGAGAGAGACCCACCUUUAGGCUGGGGGGGGGCUUAACCCGAGGAGAGUGAGCAGAGGGGCAGCCUGGGGGUCCCACUGAAGAAGGGUUCCUCUGGGAAGAAUCGGGGAGGGGUCUGGAAAAGCAGCUCAAGGCGCACCUGUGAACAGGUGAGCCCCCCUGCGCGGAGUCAGCUGCCCCCCCAGGGGCCCAUCCUGCCUGAGGAGGUCCUGGGCCCCGCUGGGCAAAGAAGGCGGCUUAACACACCCCUGGACUGACCUGCGGAAGGCAGCCCAGGAAGACCCCCGGAUUCUUCCUCCUCCUCCUCUUCUCUUGGCGGGGAGAGCGAGGCCCUUCGGGGGCCCCCUGUGUGCGACCCCCGGACAGCCCUUCUUCCAGUAACAAGGCGUCCUGAGGAGAUCGGUGACGUGGCCUGCUGGACUCUCUCUCUCUCUCUUUCUCUCUUUCUGCCUUUCCCCCUCCCAGCCAGGACAGAAAGAAAGAGAGGGAGAUCAAAAAUCGUCUCAUCUGAUUUUGUAGACUUGCUUUAUUUUCAACGUUUGACAGAGCCUGGCCUGCGGGAGAGACUUCUCUCGACAGGUGGAGAAGAGAGAAAGUGACCCUGGAAGUCCAAAGGAUAAAGGGAUUCCAAGCAGCAGUUCUGUGGUGUGGGUGAAGAAGAAGAAGAAGGCGGCUGCUUCAGAGCUGUGCAAAAACCCACGUUUGGAUUAAAUGGUGCCUUCGGUUUAAGCAGAGCGUGGAAAAUACUUCUGGAUCCAGGGUAGUGGAACUGGAAGACAGGCGGCAAGGGAAGCGUUCACGGGGGAGCAAAGCUGCGGUUUCCUGCCCCUGCAAACAACAGAGUUUCCUGAGCAGUUGGAUAGCACUUUGAAAACUGAUGGUGCUUUAAACAUUUAGGAUUUGGCUGACACUUUCCCCUCUUAGAGCUUCUGGAUAUAACGUGGCCUCACUUAGAGAAUAGCAGACACUUCCUGCACUGUUUUGGAAUAUAAGAGUUCAAGGAAACGAGAGGAGUUCGAGAGUGUCCCAGGGAAUUUGGACUCCUUCCUCUGUUGGGAACUGAUGUUGAAGAAGAGCUGACACAGAAAGAGCUGAAGGAUCUUCUUUGACAUACAAAACAUGGAUGUGUGGUCUAGAGUGGCUGUGUGGAUCAUUUGUGGCUUUCUUCUGCAGCAAGGACAGGGGGAGAGGCCCCCAGGUACCCAUCUGGAUGAUGCCACAAUUGCAGAGUUCUGUCGCAUCGACCAACCGCUGUGCCACAACGAGGAUGAGCAACUCAGCUUUGAAGCCGUCUGCAACAUCCACAAGCAGAUGGACGAUGAUGCCAACGGCAAUGUGGAUCUGGAGGAGAGUGAUGAGUUCCUGAGGGAAGACUUGAACUACCCGGACCCAAGAGUCCAGCACAGCACCUUCCAUGGGGAGGACAUGUUCAUCAGUGUGGAAGAUCUCUGGAAGGCCUGGAAGUCGUCUGAAGUGUACAACUGGACCGUCGAUGAGGUGGUGCAGUGGCUGAUCACCUACGUGGAGCUGCCACAGUAUGAAGAAACCUUCAGGAAGCUGCAGCUCACUGGACAUGCCAUGCCAAGGCUGGCCAUCAACAACGCCACCAUGACUGGAGCUGUGCUGAAGAUGACCGACCGGAGUCACAGGCAGAAGCUCCAGCUGAAGGCCCUGGAUACCGUGCUCUUUGGGCCGCCUUUGCUGACCCGGCACAAUCACUUGAAAGACUUCAUGCUGGUGGUGUCCAUCGUGAUCGGGGUGGGCGGCUGCUGGUUCGCCUACAUCCAGAACCGCUACUCCAAAGAGCACAUGAAGAAGAUGAUGAAGGACCUGGAAGGGCUCCACCGGGCGGAGCAGAGCCUUCACGACCUCCAGGAAAGGCUCCAGAAGGCCCAGGAAGAGCACCGCACGGUCGAGGUGGAGAAGGUCUCCCUGGAGAAGCGGCUGCAGGACGAGAUCAGCAUUGCCAAGCAGGAGGCCCACCGCCUCCGGGAGCUGCGGGAGGGGACCGAGAACGAGCUCAGCAGGCAGAAGUACGCCGAGCAGGAGCUGGAUCAGGUCCGCAUGGCGCUGAAGAACGCCGAGAAGGAGCUGGAGUCGCACAGCUGCUGGGCCGCCCCGGAGGCCCUGCAGAAGUGGCUGCAGCUGACCCACGAGGUGGAGGUGCAGUACUACAACAUCAAGAAGCAGAACGCCGAGAAGCAGCUGCUGCUGGCCAAGGAGGGGGCCGAGAAAAUCAAAAAGAAGCGGAACACCCUGUUUGGGACAUUCCAUGUUGCACACAGCUCGUCCCUGGAUGACGUGGAUCACAAAAUCUUGACUGCCAAGCAAGCCCUGAGCGAAGUGACGGCGGCCUUGCGCGAGCGCCUCCACCGCUGGCAUCAGAUCGAGCAGCUGUGUGGCUUCCAGAUCGUGGUCAACCCCGGCAUCCACACGCUGGUGGCAGCCCUCAACAUCGACCCCAGCUGGGUGGGCACCCCUGCCCGGCCCAACACCUCCCACUUCAUCAUGACCGACGACGUGGACGACCUGGACGAAGAGAUCGUCUCCCCCAUGUCCAUGCAGUCCCCCGCCUUGCCCAGCAGCGUCCGCCAGCGCCUUGUGGACCCUCAGCACUCCUUGGGAUCGCAGAGGUUGGUAGAGAGCCACCACGCCCCCGGCCAGGGCGAAUCGGGGAGCCUGGUCCACUACCUGCCCGGAAGGGUCACUCUUCGCCGAAUGCCCAGCCUCACUGGGGGCCAGUCUUUCAGCUCCGACGUCCAUGGCGCCAGCCCGCCCUUCGCCGCCUCCUCUUCUUCCUCCUCCUCCUGCUCCUCUGCCGCGGCCCACGCAGCCAUGCCUGCGCCCGCUGGCCACACCCUCCCCAUCCUCUACCAUCACACGACCUCCUCUUACAUCCUCCAGAUGGACACCCUUCCCAACCUGCCCCCUCCUGACGUCACCUCCGGGACGCGCUGUCGCUCUGAGAGCUUUGGAGACUUGUCCCGCUCCGACUCUGACUCCUCCCUCCCUCACAUGAGUGACACUCAGCGCAUCUCCAGCUCGGCCUCAAAGCUGCUGUCCAGCCGGCCAGCCCUGCUGAACAAGACCGCCGAGGAGGAGGAGGCCGCCACCGCCUGCAGCUACCCCGCCCUCGGCGCUUUGCCGCCCAGCAGUAGCCGGCACCCCGAACCCUCCCCCGUGCAGGACCGGGUGCCGGAGAGCCCCCUUGUCAUGAAGAAGGCGCCGGUGCUCAACCACGGCCUGGAGAAGUCCUGCAGCCUGGGGGAGAUCAGCCAGGCGGGGGCCGGCGGGGGCCGGCACGGCCACUCCGACUCCUCACGCUCCCACAGCCCCAGCUCCACCGAGCCCGACACCCCUUCGCCCGUCUCCGACUCGCGGCCCAACAGCCUGGGGAAGGGCAGCACCCGCAUCCCCCACCUGGCCUCCAAGAAGAAUGCCGGCGAGGAAGACAGCGGCUCCACGGGCGAGGAGACCGACUCCAGCCAGGGCAAGAAGAAGUUCCCCCUCAAGAUCUUCAAGAAGCCCAAAAAGUAGCCCAAGUGCCGGAAGGAGGAGGGGGACAAAGCCCCCCCGGGACAAAACCCCCUCCCUCCCCUGGGAAUGGAGCAGGGGCGAGGGGAGGAAGACCACCCCCCUCUCCUGGAGCCCCUGAGGGGUGGCGGCAGGCAUGUCCUGCUCCCCCCUCCCUUCUGCAGGAUCCCUGCUUCCCAUUCAGCCGGGGGGCAGGGGAGAUGAUUUCGACUAUUUAUUUCAGGGCCUCUGCCGAAGCCACCGCCUCCCUGCUUCUUUUGCUGCGCAUGUCUUCGCUGCUCCUCUCCCGCCCGCCCCCCCUGGGACCUGCUUGUGGCUGCUUAGCACAGGGAACCCCAAGGCGCCCCCUCCCUCAGCCAAGGUGCAGAAGCUGGCCACUCCAUCCGUGCCUGUUGAGCAGAGUGAGGCAAGGGGCUGCAGCAGGGCGGGGUCCGCUUGGGGCUGGCUGUAGGGCCGCGGAGACGGCUGCCUUUCCUGAGGUGCAGGCUCUGAGCCUGCCACUGGGGAAGGAGCAGACACCUCAGCAUUGGCCCAGCAGAUGUGGCCUCCCCUCCCCAUAACCUUCCUGGAAAGGUUGCUGCUUUGCAAUGGGGCAGGCGGGCGGGCCCUGAGAAGAGCUGCAGCAGGGGUGAGGUCCGACACCUUGCCUUGCCCUCCAGGGCAGUGGCCUGGGCCGCUUUGCUUCUGCACUCUGGAGGAAGAGAGCCCACGAGGGCCCCGGGCCCCUAGCCAUCCACACGAGGGCCCCGGGCCCCUAGCCAUCUGCACGAGGGCCCCUCUCCCCCGGCUGCUCUGGCCAGCCUGCCCCCUUCCCGGCUGCAUGGCACGUGUGUGCAGGCAGGGUGGCUGCCCCAGCCGCCCCCUCCUGGGAACUCAGGGCCUGCCCCUCUUUCCUCCUGGGCUCCGGCUGGCUUCCUCUCCUGUCGAGGAGGCAGACCUGCAGGAGCCAAGUGGGUGCCGCUGCGUGCACCACUCCCGCAGGAAGGGCCUCUCCCCCCCCCCCCGCCACGGCCAGCCGAUGUGCAGGCGCUGCAGGGCUGGGGUGGCCGGCCGUCCCCCCAGGAGCGUCUCUGGCUUUGGGAGGCCUUGCCAAGCCGAGGGGGUCGCCAGCUGCUUCCCUGGGCAGUGCUGGGCAUCUGUCAAGGUGUUUCUGCCAGAGGCAACCCCACUCUGCGUCUGCCAAAUCUAGUUUUAUUUUCAGGCCUUUUUGGAAAACAGUUUGGAAUCCAAUAAAGCAUGUAGACUCUUAUAAGA